AUGCCCAUUGCUACCAAUUCGCGGACGAGGUUCAAGAAGCUAUCGUACAAAGCGUCGGUCAUCGUUCAUCGUGGCAACCUUCAACAGUCUGCCCACAAUGUCGACAUCGAGGGUAUCGAGGAGAACGAGGCUCCCAACUUAGGAGUUGAUCUCUCCGAGGUCACCGAACACCACCUGCAAGCAGCGCUCUCGUCCACGCAGCUAGCAGCAGAAGGAGACAAGGUUAUCUCGGCCAAGCCAGCAUACCACAUCCCGACACCGGAGAGCAAGCAAGUGCUCCAGACCAAGGAGUACGCUCGUCUCUAUCCACCUGGCACAUACCAAGAUCCCAUCUCCUAUGUCCGCUCGUCAAGCACGCUCGAGGAUGCCAUCAAAGGUCCCUCGUACAACCUCGACGAGGACGACAAUGAGUGGCUGCAGAGACACAAUGCUGCAGCGCAAGAAGCAGAGGUGGCCGCAGCACAAGCACGUAAAAAUCACAAAGCAUCGCAGCAAGUCCCGGUGACCACUACCAUCACCGAGGACGAACUCGAGAUGGUACUCACCGUCUUUGAGCAAUACACUAACGACAAGGUGCCCUUCGCACACCUCGACCCGGCAAAGAAUCUCCCGUCCCUCGACGAUCUGCUCGGAGCCUUCGACCCCAAGUCCUUCCUCUCAGCGCAAGCCUUGCCAGAGCUGCCCACACUACCGUGGGAGACAGACGAUGCGGCCGCGUCUUCUUCAUCGCUCAAGUGGUCGAAGCUCAACCCGUGGCACAACCUGGCAGCGCUCAAGCCCAUUGCUUCUCUCGUCUACCCAUGGUGGAAGGAGAGGCGUGAAGACACGAGCGGCAAGGCCAUCGUCCCACUCCUCAACUUCGACGAAUCUAACGACUCAGAUCCGUACGUCUGCUUUCGACGACGAGAAGUCAAGCUCACCCGCAAGACUCGUAAGACGGAUGUGCUCCACCUCGAGAAGCUCAUCCGCCUCAAGUCAGAGAUGGACCGUGCUACUGCCAUGCUCGAAGGUCUCGCACAGCGCGAGAAGACGAAGCGAGCGAGCGUCGCACAAGAUCGAGCCUGGUUCGAGACGGUCAAGGAUCUGCAAGAGCUCAAGCGCUCAUGGGGCAUUGUGGGGCCCAACUCCGGGCAAGAAGACGAGGAGAUCAUCUCUGGCGAGCGCAGAGAGGAGGCAGGCUAUGGCGUUGCUGCAGUGCCGCGCAAGAAGAAGAGAGGCGAGGAGUCUACCACCGUCUCGCUACCUUCAGCCGCCAAGCUUGCAGCAAAGAAGGCAAGAACGAGCGUCGAGCCCUCAGCAGCCGCCAAUGCCUCCGCCAAUGCUGCCAACGUCACAGCCACACCCGCAGCCGCCACGACACAAUCUCUCGGCCAAGCGAUCAUGGAGCGGGCUUCGGCCGUUCAAGCCUACAUCGAGCGAGAAUGCAUGCGCAAAGCAGAGACGGAUGUCGGCUGGGAAGAGAACAGCGAUACUGCCUAUCAACCCGUCCCAGCACCGCUCAACCUUCGCAGCUUUCGCCCUGUCCAGGCAGAUUCAUCAGAUACGCCCUCUACCAACGGCCUGCGCGCUGGGCGUCCCCCGUCCUUUCGACGUCGCAUGGGUAGAGGCGGGCGUGUCUUUCUCGAUCGCAGAUUGCUGGCUCCAAGCCCGGUCCCGGCUAGCUUGGCUGAUUGGCCGAAGCACCAAAGCGGUGUGAGGCGGCAUGAAGAGAGGGAGGAGCAGCGCCCAGAGCGUACGCCGUUGCCAUCGUACUUGCAGCAGGGCAGGACAGCGCAGCAAAAGGCGGAUGCUCUCAGUGGGCCAUUCGCUUACGCCUCGAACCUCAGGCCAAGCCUGCUGAACGAUACUUCCGCCAGCAGCAACGCAUCGUCGAACAGGAGCUUCAUGCCUAUGGGCGCCUCUGCGGAUCACUCGACCGACUCCGAGUCUGUGGCCUCGUCCACUGCUUCUUCGUCUUCAAGUUCCUCCGCGGCGUCCUCAGCCAGCACCAUUCCUACCGAGGCCGAGGACAUGGACGAGACGAUGCGUACUACGACCAAAGGCGGCGAGCAUGGCACCAACGAACGCACAGACCAGCACGAAUCUCAGCGUCACGACGACGACUCCGACUCGGACAGCUCUGAUGACGAGGAGGAUGAAGCUGAAGUCGAAGAGCGUCUUCGUGCCUUUCGGGAGCGCUGGCGGUACGACGACGAGUCUGGUCGCUGGGCAGGGCUGGGGCUCUGCGGUCUGGGCGGCAUGGAGGACGAUCAAGAGGCUGUGCUAGACGACUUUGACCAGCGCUUCAUGCGAUAUCGCAUUGGCUUGCUGGAGCAAGAGGACCUCCUCAAGCUGUCGACGGACUGGACGCACAUCAUGCAGGCGCAAGCUGCGCUUGACUGCCCGCCGCCGACGCCGCAGUUCCAGGUCAUUGGGCCGACAAUGGCUGGCCAAGCACAAGCAGCGGCGGCAGCAGCUGCUCGAGUCAACGGAGGUGGCGAUGCACAAGCGCAAGCUCAGGCGCAGGCACACGCUCAGGCUCAGGCACAAGCCCACGCUGCAGCGCAAGCCCAAGCAGCAGCACAAGCGCAUCAAUUCCGCAAGCAACAAGCAGCAGCCAUCGCAGCCGCCGUGGCCGCUGGCAACAACCCCGCUGCGGCUCUCGGCGCACCGAGCGUCCCUUCACCACUCGGCGCUGUCCCUCCGACCAACCAGAGCUCCACAGGCGCAGUAGCCGCCCGAGCAGCACAGACCAAUGUGGGCGGGCCUCUCACCACGCUCCAGCAACAGCAUCAGCUUCAUCAGGCGCAAGUCCAGCUCGCUCUUCAGCAACAGCAGCAGCGUAACGCUCAGGUGCAGGCGGCGGCUGCAGCUGCUAGGGCCAAGCUGAUGGCCGCAGCCGCUGCAGGUGGGCAAGGUCAGCAGGGCCAGCAGGGAGGAAACAACUACAACGCCAUGGCUAACGCUGCGGCUGCGGCUGCGGCUCAGCUCAAUCACGCCGGUGGGCAAGCCUCUUCGCCCCCGCAACAACAGCGCUUCCCUGCCAACGGUGCUGGUACGCGCCCCUCGUCAUCACCCGUCCCGCCGCAAGGUUCUUCGCCCAUGAUGGGCCACGCGCAACAGCCGUCGCGCUCCCCCUCGAUCGGGGGUGUCUCUGGCCCUCAUGCCAAUGGUCAGCAGCAGCAGCAGCAGCGCAUGGCGUGGCAGCAGGCAAAUGGUUCCAACGGCCAGCAACAACAACAGCAGCAGCAGCCGAAUCUCAUCCACCUGCAACAGCAACUCGUCGCAAUGCAAGCCGCCCAAGCUCAAGCGCAGGCACAGGCCGCGGCGGCUGCACUUGCCCAGAACAACAACGGCGGCGGGCAGCAAGCCAACGGACAGAAUGGAGUCCAGGCUAAUGCCGGGGCAGGUAACGGGAACGGUCCCUCCCCAGCGCAGCUGAUGGCGAUGAAGGCUGCCUUGGCGCAGAGCAUGAGUCAGAAUGGCGGCAAUGCGGCAAUGCAGCUGAAGUUGCCACCGGGGAGGGUGGCGCAGGCUCAGCAGCAGCACCAGAGUGGCGGUGGCGCUGCUGGAGGGAAUGGAGGACAGGGUAGCUAG